AUGGCAAGUGUUGUCAAAACCAUUCACACAAGUGCUGAACCUCCCAGGAUAGUAAUACAAGUAAUGGACAGUGACUCAAGGGAGUCUGAUGGUGCUGAGUCCAGAAUUCAUAGGCUCCCUGGUUAUGUGGCACCAAGUAAUACUAACAAUAACAGUAAUAAAGAGAAUGAAGAAAAAAAGAAAAAGAAGAAAGAAAAAAAGGGUAAAACUGAGGACAAAAAUGAAAAAAAGAAGGAGAAGAAAGCAAAGGAAAAAGGAAUAAAUGACAAUGACAACAAAGACAAAGAUAAAAAAGAAGAGCCAAAGAAGGAAAUUUUAAUAAUUGAUCCGGCAGGCAAUUUGUAUUACAAUUGGCUUUUUGUUAUUACAAUGCCAGUGAUGUACAACUGGACAAUCAUCAUAGCCAGGGCUUGCUUUGAAGAACUACAACAAGACUACCUGAGCGCAUGGUUUAUCAUGGACUACCUUUCUGAUGUAAUUUACUUAGGUGAUAUGUUUGUCAGGACAAGAACAGGAUACCUUGAGCAAGGUUUGCUGGUGAAAGAUGAACUAAAGUUGCGUGAACGAUACAUGAAGACCCUGCAGUUUAAGCUGGAUGUUCUAUCAAUGAUUCCCACAGAUAUCUUCUAUUUUAAGAUGGGACUGAACUAUCCUGAACUAAGAUUAAACAAGCUCUUUCGUGUUGCUCGCAUGUUUGAGUUCUUUCAAAGAACAGAAACAAGAACCAAUUAUCCCAACAUAUUCAGGAUCUCUAAUCUUGUUAUGUAUAUUGUCAUUAUUAUACACUGGAAUGCUUGUCUUUACUUCUCGUUUUCCAAAGCAAUUGGUUUUGGAGCAGAUACUUGGGUCUACCCUAACGUAUCACAUCCCGAGUUUGGACGUCUUGCACGGAAAUAUGCUUAUAGCCUGUACUGGUCCACUCUGACUCUAACUACUAUUGGAGAAACACCUCCCCCAGUUCAAGACUCUGAAUAUUUUUUUGUUGUUAUUGACUUUCUAGUCGGUGUGCUGAUUUUUGCUACCAUUGUUGGUAAUGUUGGCUCGAUGAUUUCUAACAUGAAUGCUGCAAGAGCAGAAUUUCAAGGAAGAAUUGAUGCCAUUAAGCAGUAUAUGCACUUUCGAAAGGUCAGCAAAGACCUGGAAAAAAGGGUUAUCAAAUGGUUUGACUAUCUGUGGACCAACAAAAAGGCUGUGGAUGAAAGAGAAGUGCUCAGGUACCUCCCAGACAAACUGCGUGCAGAAAUUGCCAUUAAUGUUCACCUUGACACCCUUAAGAAGGUGCGUAUUUUUGCAGAUUGUGAAGCAGGGCUCCUAAUUGAGCUGGUACUAAAACUAAGGCCACAGGUCUAUAGUCCUGGUGAUUAUAUUUGUCGGAAAGGAGACAUUGGGAGAGAAAUGUACAUCAUCAAGGAAGGGAAACUGGCUGUUGUUGCAGAUGAUGGAAUUACUCAGUUUGUAGUUCUUAGUGAUGGUAGUUAUUUUGGUGAGAUCAGCAUCUUGAACAUCAAGGGAAGCAAAGCUGGAAAUCGUAGAACAGCCAAUAUUCGAAGUAUAGGUUAUUCUGACUUGUUUUGCUUGUCUAAGGAUGAUCUUAUGGAAGCUCUUGUUGAGUAUCCAGAUGCCAAGGCUAUGCUAGAGGAGAAAGGAAAGCAAAUCUUAAUGAAAGAUGGACUCUUAGAUUUAGAGCAGGCCCAGCUAGGACCAGACCCUAAGGAUAUGGAAGAAAAAGUAAAUAGGAUGUAUUCAUCUGUGGAAAAUCUUCAAACUAAAUUUGCCAGGUUGCUGGCUGAGUAUGAUGCAGGCCAACAGAAGUUAAAACAAAGAGUAACCAGGAUUGAAAAAAAAGUGUUGUCAUCUAGGGAGGAACUUGUGUCAGAAUUGGCAGACCAGGAGGCAGAUCCUGGCCAAGCUGAAAAGCAAGAGGAAUAA